AUGCUCUCCUACGACGCUCCGAUGCCCGCUGCUCAGGGCCAAAAGGACACUGCGGCCUUGGCCACGCUUUCCGGCCAGACCGCUGCGCCAAUGACUGCCGGCGGCCGCGCUCAGACUUACAACCAUCACCACAUUUGGCUCGUCACUGGCCCUGCAGGGUGCGGCAAGUCGACGGUAGCCGAGCAUCUCUCCCAGUCGCUUAGCCUACCCUACAUAGAAGGCGACUCUUUUCACCCGCCUGCCAACAUUGAGAAGAUGGCCAACGGCACACCACUCACUGACGCCGACCGCUGGGACUGGCUGACCGUGUUGCGCGAAGAGUCGACCCGCCUCAUCUCCUCGGGCUCAGAAGGUGUUGUCCUCACCUGCUCAGCCCUGAAGCGCAAGUACCGCGACGUCAUCCGCGUAGCCGCCUACUACGACCCGUCCCUUCUCAUCCAUUUCAUCUACCUCGAUGCGUCAGAAGAGACUCUCUUGCAGCGCGUAGCCCAGCGCAAGGGUCAUUACAUGGGCGUCAACAUGGUGCACAGCCAGUUCGACAUCCUCGAAAGACCGGGGGAGGAUGAGAAGGAUGUCAUCAAAGUGGAUGUUAGCCGGACGCUCGAGGAGGUCAAGGGGGACUCGCUCCACAAAGUCGUCAAGCUGAUGCGCGACGACGAGGUUGAGGAUAAGCAACAAUGA